AUGGAUUGGUGUAAUUUUCGAACACGAGCAACUCACAUGGUAUGGCCGCUCGCUCUUUUUUUUUUUUUUUUUUGGCUUCUAUUCUCAUCUUUUACUUCUCCCCCAAUUUUGCCAUUGGUCUUCAAACAACCUGUAGGCGAAUUACGCCAUUUUUCAUUUGUUUCAUUGCACAUGUUAGUACUAUUCCAGACGAGAAGGACAAGCAAACUAGAAGCUCGUGGCUCAGACACUGUUUAUAACAAGAGAAUUGUUGACACGUUUGAUGUGCGUUAG